AGGGCGCGGUGAUUUAUUUUCAUGACGUCACGUGAUCGCCAUUAUUCAGAAAAUUAUUUUUAUUUUUUUCUGGUUUUCUUUUACCAAAACCACCUCACUCUGAACAAAUAAACGGUCAUUAUUAUGCUCAUUUAAUAGGUUACAUACUAGAAAACUAUAAGGAUGACAAUAUUACCGAAGAAAAAAGCUUCCAAGGACAAAAAUGAAGCUGAAAGUAGUGACCAUUCCAAGUUGCCACAUACCCACAGUCACCCACAUACUUCAACAGGUCACCCUGACGUUAGGGGGCGUAGCAGAAAUUCCCCUCCAAGAUGGGCAAAUUCAGGGGCCAGAGACGAUAGAGUGAACUUUCACGAUUCAGGGGGUGCUUUAAGUGCAGGCUUUGAGGAUUAUGAUGAAGGACCAAGGGCAGUUCAUAAAAGGCGACAUCGUUCACCUCCCCAUGGUCAUCGCCAUAACCGUAAACAUCGCCAUGAAAGACGUGAUGCAGCUCCGUCUAGCAGUCUUACUACCUCAACACCCCAUACAUCGCAAGAUAUGGAGGUUCAGUCGACAUCGGGCUAUAAUAGUGAAGAUGAAUACACAGCUCCAAACUGUCCUGAUAAUAUUGAAGAGUUGGAGGCUUGGUUUGAAAUGGCUUUAAAAAAGAAGUUUGGACUGAUUAUAAAAAGAAUGGGAGAAGAUGGCGCUUGUCUCUUCCGUGCGAUAGCUGAUCAAGUUUUUGGCGAUCAAGAAAUGCACUCGAUUGUGAGGAAGAACUGCGUAGAUCACAUGGCAAUGAAUAUAGACUUUUUUUCCCAGUAUGUCACUGAGGAUUUUACACAGUAUCUUAACCGUAAACGUAGUGCUAACUGCCAUGGUAACCAUCUUGAGAUGCAGGCACUUAGUGAGGUUUAUAAUCGUCCCAUUGAAGUAUAUCAAUAUAGCCUAGAACCAAUCAAUACAUUUCAUGGCGCAUACAAAACGGAGAAUGCACCCAUAAGGUUAAGUUACCAUAGAGGUCAGCACUACAACUCCAUUGUAGACCCACAUUCUGCGACUAUAGGAGUCGGUCUGGGUCUACCAGGACACCAACCUGGGGCAGCAGAUAAAAACUUGCUAACACAAGCCAAGAUAACAUCAGAAGCUCAUCAUAUUGAACAGCAAAUGUUGGAGGAUAAGAAGAAGGAGACAGACUGGGAGGUGACCCAGGAGACAAUACAAGAGCAGGUGGCCAGGGAGUCCUACAUGCAAUGGUGCAGGGAUAACGAAAAAAGAGCAAUGAAAGAUAGACCUAGCCAAACUGCAAGUGCAGCAUGUAGUUCAGCAGCUGAAGCUCAUGGUUGGUGGGACAACUUCUCUGCGAUGCAAUCCCCAACUGGUCGAGGUGCAAGGUCACCACGUAAUAGAAGUGCUAACAAUUCUCUCCAGAACAGCCCCCUUCGCCAAGACCCAGCAAUGGAGGAUGAACCUAUCUCUCACAGCCCUGCAGACAUGAACACAUUACUACCUGGGUCCAUCAUGCUUCCAAAAUCUCCUAAGGUAGAGACGGAGCCAAUUCAAGGCACAUCCUCCCAGAGGAGUCCCUCGCCACCAGGGGGUGCUGUAGGAGGAGCAGUGGGAGGGAUGUUUGGAGAAACAUCUUCGCUUAUGGAUCCAAUACCCCCUGGUGUACUCGGUAUUUCAGACUGGGGAGAUGAUGAUGUCUUAGCACAAGUCAUUGCACAGUCACAAGUGGAAUAUAUAGACUCAUUCAAGAAAAAUGCCAACAGGAAAGAUUCUGAUUCAGAGAACUAAAAAAACACACAAUGUACAUCUACAUAGAUGCUUGGAUAUGACUUAUAAGUACAUGUAUAGCCAUGUUCUGUUUACUUUUUUUUUCCAAAAGAUGGAGUGCAUCUGUAGAGACUAAAAUAACUUGUACAGCUUAUCUAAAGCAGACAUUAUAGUAGACAUUUCUGUGGAAUCAGGGUGAGUCUGAUGUAGAUUUCAUUUUGUACAACUGUUUAUAUUCAAGAAUAUUCCAAAGAUUUUACAUGUAUAUGCAAAGUUGGAAGCGGAUUACUCUUGCACUAUGUAUGGACUAAACCCUAUCCCAUCACACAGCUAUUGUUUUUUUUAAAGUACAUAUGUUUGAUGGAAGAUUAUUUGGGAUGAUUGUAUUUACUUGGUAACAAGCUAUAGGUAAGACAGUGUUGACUGUUGACACUAUUAGAUAAAGUAUGGAUUCUGUUCGUCUUUGUUGUUUGUAGCAAAACAAUGAAAUGGUAAAUCUAGAAUAUAAUUGAAAUUGUAGAAUGCUGUAUCAUAUGCCUUUGAUCUUCAUGUAACAUAUUUUCAGAAUUACUGCACAUUGUGGUUUAGUUCCACAAUUAAGACUGAUUGACAAUUGAACUGUUUCUAUUGGUUAAUAUUGUACCUGUUUAAGAUACCAUAAAAGCUUGGUCGUAACAUGUAUGUGUAUUUUUGUCAUAAAGGGUUACAAUUGAUCUAUGUGUUGAAACCUUGAACAAAUGAGGACAAUAAUAGUCAAUUGUUGUGUUGCUAUUAUUGCAUUGUAUGCAAAGGAAAUUGUUAUUGGUUGAUUAGAUGUACUUGUUGAACAGUUAUAUAUUGUUAAUCUACAUGCUUUUGUGAAAACCAUUGCCUUAUAUCAGCUGUUGUAUGUGUUAACAUAAAAAACCUUAUGCUUUGAAAGAUCAUGUAAAAAAUUGAUUGUUUCACGCUUUUCUGAGUUGAAAAUCAGAUUCUGUACCUGGUACAUGAAUACAUAUAUUUACUCCAGAUUACACACAUCACUUUCUGAGAUCACAUGUUUACAUAACAGUCAACUACAACAUAUAGAGGCAAUUUGGUUGUUAUUAAAGACUAUUUAUUUGUAUAUUUCUGGGACCUUAUUCUUUGUUUUAUCAUGUACACUCUGCUACUUCACUGUUAAAUAUUUACUAAUAAAUGGGAGUUCUGAGAGGUAAAAAUUACCCCCCAGCCUCCAUGAGUACACACAUAACUAUAAAUGCUGGCAAGUGAAAAUUUUGGGCAUUCAUCUGACUGAUCACAUAUGGUUCGUAAAAUUUAAAUGUGUGAUGUGACAAUAUUGAAACUCUAAAAGUACAGGGACCUCAAUACUCACUCUUGAGGAGCCCUUAUAUGUACAUGCCGUGAACAGCUUGUUAUAUCCACACUUUGUUUUGAAUUCGAAGGCUUGUUGCUUGUAAUAACAUUGUACAGGACUAUACAAAAGUAUAAUGCUGCAGCAAAAACGAUUAUUAUGAUGAAAUCGUGACAAAGCGUCUUAUUUGAUCAUGGCUUUGAAAUAAAUAUUAACUGGGCAAAUGUUCUGGGUGUAUAUGUAAUGUACUAUAAAAAAUAUGUCCAGCAAUACUGCCUUUUCUGGUGACCAAUUAGUCUGUUGUGUAAGUCAACAAAAAUGUCCAAGUAAAUGUAUUCACGGUACCAUUAAAACACAUACUGAAACUAAACAACAUGGAAAAGGGAGACACACUUAAAAACCCAAGUCUUCUAUGUUACUAGAUUUUUAAAUGCACUGAUAUAGCAUACCAUUAAUAGUUAUGUAAAUUUUUUUAAUUUGGUGCUUUUUGCAUUUUCACUAUUUAUGUACAAUGGAGACUACUUAAUUUGACAGAUAUUUGUGAAUACCUUCUUAUAUCAUUGAAUAUUGUUGUUAAUGAUUUACUUGUAUGCUAUCACGCCAUGUCACGAGUGUAGAUUUUACGAAUGGAAACAAUACUUCUGCCUAUCAUGAAAUGCCCAAAAUAACAAGUGAUUUGAUAUUAAUAUGCUUUUUAGUGGUAUUUCCUACUCUGGGGUGUGCCUGUUUUCUAAUUGACAUACCAAUGAAGGUUUGAAUUGACCAUCUUUACAAAUUCUAUGGAUUGCAAAAUUUAAAAAAUUUAAAACACAAGUUAUACAUGUAUUAUGUAAGUUGAGUAUGAUAACAGAAUUAAUUAUUUCAAUGUAAUUAGACAAUUUUUAUUUUCACUAGACAUUAAUUUUGUAUAUGUUUCAGCUCUGUUUCAAUAUAAUGUCAAAUCAAAAAUUUUUGUGCAAAGAAAUGUACUAAUUUAUACAUCUGUAACACAAGUGUUGUAUAAUAUUUUGUUGAUUAUAAAAUAAUUUAUUUUAGUUGCAUUUGUGUAAAUGUGGAGCUUAGAUAAUGCAUACAAAAUGUAACAACAUUGAUAUAUCUUUAAUUCAGAAUAUAUUAUCAUAAAUAACAAUAAA